UUUCAACUGUGUCCACACCCUACGAAACCAAUAAUAAAGAACUUUACGUUUUCUUUCUUUUCUUGGCUCCUCCUCUCCAAACACAAGAUUUUUUUUUUUAUGUGUCGUUUCUCAUUUCUUCAUGUCUCUGCGUCGUUUUCCCCUUACACCCAACGCAGUCCUUGUUUCUUACCUCCUUCGUCUUCUUGUUUCUUCAUGUUUAAUAUUGCUUUCAAGGUUCCAACGAUGUAGCUCAACCCAAGUUUAUCUUGUUUUAAAAACGAAGAGGCUUCUAUGGAUGUGUGAGGGCAUAGAUCCAUUACAAAGAGAGCCCUACAACUAGGGUUUCGCAAGCUAUUCGUGCCUGCCACUAAGAGAUGUCUAACGUUGUUGUUCUGGUUUACGUAUCUCUUUAGGUUGUUUUUGUUUUUGUAGUGCUAAAUUGUGUGGUUCUCGUUCAAUUUUUUUUGUUACCGACAGAGAGAUUUAGAUAUUGCGCUGUUUGGUGGGUGGAAAAGCAUCAUGUUGGAGCUGUAUUUUUUAGAGAGAACUUUUUAUUGAUAUACUUUUUGUGUUUGGAGGAGAGCAAUAUGGGCUGGGUUAAUGCAGUGGUUGUUCUCUUCUGAAAGGUUUUCUCUGAACAAGAGGUUUUGUCAUUAAUUGGUGUGUUGGAAUGAGCAAUUUAAGGCCUGAAUCUCACGUAGCACAACAAAUUAGGCGUGAAAAACUGAGAAUCCAGAACAGUUAUCAGCCUUCACACGAAUUCCCUAACAAUCUUGAACAGUUAUCUUUACACCCGGGGUUUAACAACUUGGACCUUGUUCAAGUUAGGAAUGUUAGAAAUGCUAACAUGCUUGAUGAACUAGCUGUUUAUUCAUCAGAAAUGCCAAACUUUUCUACCUCUUCGUCUGCUGCAAGGAACGCGUUGGAGUAUCACCAAGAACAAGGUGCUGCAGCUGAACCCAGUAAUAGGCUGCUGCUGAUGAAUCAGUAUGGUUCAUUUCCCCAUUCCAUGUCUGCAAUUCAUUCUUCCCAUAAACAACAGUGUGAGCUUCGUAAUUUGGGAAAUUGGAGGAACAGUACCCCCCAUCAAGGAUCUGAUUGGUUUGUAAACUAUGCAAGCAAUGCCAAUUCUUUUUUGUCUGCUGAGCUCAACAACAAUGUGUCUGCUUACAAUGAACUUAUGGAUGUACAUUGUAGCAAUGCAUCUGGUGAAAUCAGUGGUAGAGAAAUGCAUAAGCAAGGUGUACUGCAUCAUAAUUCUCCUCCUUCAUCUCCACUUUAUCAAAAUGCUUUGCAAGAUAUUGUGAAGUCUGCUUCUUUCAGUGCUCACACUAGGCAAGACAUGGCUUCACUGAUGCAACAAAAUGAACAUAGCAUUUGGGUGGGGAAUGCUAGUGAAGCUGAGCUUCAACAACCAAGUUAUGAAAGCCAGCCAAAUCAUGAGUUGCGUUUUGGGUGGACAAAUCGAACAAUUGCUUGUGAUUCACUUCCUCAGAGCUUGUCCUUGUCACUUUCAUCAAAUGCACAACCUAAGCCUUCAGUUUCUCACCUAGAACAAGGGUCUGCGUCUGAUGAUCCUCAGUGUUUGAAGCAUAUGAAAUCUAUUGUUUCUAGAGAUUGUGGGAAAUCAGUUCAAGAUCAGGUGGAAAUACCUUCAAAGAGUACUACUACUAUUACUUAUCGAAGUGUGGGUCCCCUUGGCCCUUUCACUGGGUAUGCUACUAUUCUCAAGAGUUCAAGGUUCUUAAAGUCUGCUCAACAAUUGUUGGAUGAGAUUUGCUGUCUAUCUGAUGCAAAAUUUGGAAAAUCAUACGAUGUUUCAAAGAGGGUUUCUCCAGAAGUUAGUGCUUCUACUUCUGCUGAUACUGUCACUGGGGUUGCUGCAAAAGGUAGUAAUUCAGGUUCUUCAUCAACCACGUUGUAUAAUGUUUCAAAGGAAAAUAGGGCCGAUCCGGGAGUUGGAAGUAGCUUUGGUCUUUCCUCGCGGUCAGAUUAUCAACAUAAGAAAGCAAAGCUACUGUACAUGCAAGAGGAGGUUAGCCGGCAAUGCAAACAGUACCAUCUACAAAUGCAAAUGGUAGUUUCAUCGUUCGAGUCUGUAGCGGGUCUUGGUUCUGCUACUCCUUACAUCCCCAUGGCUCUCAAGUCAGUAUCAAAACACUUCAGGUGCCUAAAAAAUUCAAUAUCAGAUCAGCUCAAGCUUAUAAGUGAGGCCUUGGGAGAGGAUUUGUCAAUACCCUGCAGCACCAGUACUUGUAGUAAUAAAGCUGACACUACUACUAUGGCAAGGGUAAGAUGCGGUAGUAGCAUGGACCAAAGCUUCUUUCUGAAGAACAAAUGUGUAAAGGGUACCACGGAACUUCUUGAUGAACCCCCCCAACAGCAUGUGUGGAGGCCCCAGAGAGGGUUGCCAGAGCGUGCUGUGGCAAUUCUUAAAGCCUGGUUAUUUGAGCAUUUUCUUCAUCCUUACCCUACAGACACUGAUAAACACAUGCUGGCUAGUCAAACAGGUCUUUCACGAAACCAGGUAUCAAAUUGGUUCAUAAAUGCUCGAGUUCGAGUGUGGAAACCAAUGGUUGAGGAAAUACACACGCUUGAAACAAAAGCAACAGGCUCCAAGGACAAUUGUGGUAUAAACGAGGGAACUUCUUCUGCCACUGGAGGUGAUACCAGCCACCCUAGAGCUUUGGGCAAUAUUGGUCUGAAUUCAAUACCUGAAACCCAAUUUCAGGGUAUAGAUAUGGGGUCAUCCAUAGCUGCAAAUGCUGAGGAAAGUGGGUUAAACCCAGAACAAUGGAGUCAAGAGAAGAGAUCUAAAUUGGAAUGCCAAGUGACUUCAACCAUGGAUGGAACACUGAUGGGGUUUGUGCCAUACCGACACGGCGGCGUUGAGGUUGGUGGACUAGGGUCUGUGUCGCUAACAUUGGGUCUUAGGCAUGGCGUUGAAGGUGUACAAAACCAACAACAAUUGCAAGAGGAGCAGCUUAGGCAUGACGUUGGAGGGCACAUGAUCCAUGAAUUUGUGGGCUGAUUGUAGUAUAACUUAAUUUGUACGUGAUGGGUUUGGGAAUGGGAAAAUGAAAAUGAAAAUGGACACCCUGUGGAGCUGUGUCACAUACCAAUUACCAACUUUGCUUCAGCCUGUGAAAAUCUGAACUGAAACUUUGUGGCCAAUGUUCUAACCUUUGUAGAGCGAGGGCAUCACAACCAAGUGAAAAAGAUAGUGUUUUAAGGUGGAGUUAUUUUUGGGUUAUAACUUUUAAGCGUCCUUUUAUCUAUUGUUAGUUCUUAAUUAACCUGAUGUGGUCACGAGCAUAUAUGGUAAAAAAAGGUUGAGGUUGUACGGAUUUAAGAAAAUGUAUUUAUAUAAUAUGGAAAAUUCCCUCCUCUCCCACAAAAUGGUGAAUAAAGAAGCAAUGAAAUGUAGCAUUGUUUCA